CUGUGUGCUUAAGAGUUUAGUAUAGAUCCUCUCUAAGAUCUCUCUCUGCUCUGUUGAGCCGCCUUUGAAGAUACAGCAUCCAACUUACAGAGACAUCUGCUACUGCCAUGGCACUGAGCUUGCACCAGAGCUGGGAAGCAGCAGGCCAUCCGCACCCCGGCGUCGGCCUUCUUCACGACAGCCAGUCCGAAGUAGCCGACGCUCUACUCGGCUUCUUCUCCGACCCUCCCGACGCCGCUCACCUCCCCAUCGACUACCUCCUCGACCCCCCGGGCGACUGCUUCCUCCACGACGACGCAAUGGCCAAUCCGCUCCCCUGCUUCUCCGCGCCAUCCGCGGUAUCCCUCCCUCCCGGCCUUCAUGCACCGGGCGACGACUUCGAUCUCCUCCACCGCCCUAAGCGACCGCGGAGCUGCAGUGACUUGUACCGACCGUCGGAUCUCACGUUCGAGGCCAGUUCCUGCAAUGUGGCAGGUUGGCCGGCGCCGGAGCUCAUGGCAGAGCUCCUCGUGGCAGCCCCGCCGCCGGCCCGUGGGAUACCUGCGUGCGACGGGGAUAGGAAGUUGGGCGCCGGAUGCUUGUCGGCGCAGACCGUGGCGGCGAGGGCGCGGAGGAAGAGGAUCAGCGAGAAGACGCAAGAGCUGGGGAGGCUGAUUCCCGGCGGGAACAAGAUGAACACGGCGGAGAUGUUUCAAGCGGCGUACAAGUACGUCAAGUUCUUGCAGGCCCAGGUUGGAAUCCUUGGGCUCAUGGGCUCAAUUAAGGUGGAGCAGAAGCUUCAAGCUCUACUAGCAUCUACAGCCGUCCAAGAGAAGCUGUCCGGCGAGGGACGGUGCAUCGUGCCGGAGGCGGUGAUCGGAGCCAUCUCCGCGGACCGAGACAUCGAAUCGAACAUGCCAGUCUCAAGAGACCUCGAUCGAUUCAUCGAGUCGAGUAGACAAUUGACCCGGGAUUCAGAGAAUUAG